AGACUCUGGGGUAGAGUGGCCCACGUUGUCCCCUUUUCCGGGUCCUCCUGGUUAUGCGUCUGGCGAGGAAGGGCCGAGGGCUGUGCCUCUGCCUGGGCGGCAGCGGGAGCCGCACGGAGCCGAGGGAAACUGGGCGUUAGAUUGCGGUGACGCAGAGCUCUGAAACUCCUUAGUACAAUGACUCAAGCAGAAAUUAAACUGUGCUCUUUGUUGCUGCAAGAGCAUUUUGGAGAGAUCGUGGAAAAAAUUGGAGUCCACCUAAUCAGAACGGGCAGCCAGCCACUAAGAGUGAUUGCCCAUGACACAAGAACAUCGCCGGAUCAGGUGAAAAAGGCCCUGUGUGUCCUCAUCCAGCAUAACCUGGUGACAUACCAAGUGCACAAGCGUGGCACGGUGGAGUACGAAGCCCAGUGCAGCCGGCUGCUGCGCAUGCUCAGGUACCCCCGUUACAUCUACACCGCCAAGACCCUGUACAGUGACACGGGCGAGCUGAUUGUGGAGGAGCUGCUGUUGAACGGCAAGAUGACAAUGUCCGCUCUCGUGAAGAGGGUGGCAGACCGGCUGACAGAAACCAUGGAAGAUGGCAAGACCAUGGACUAUGCUGAGGUGUCGAGCACGUUUGUGCGGCUAGCAGACACGCACUUUGUGCAGCGUUGCCCGUUGGUGUCUCCCACUGAGAAUUCAGAGCCUGGGCCACCGCAGCCUGCCCCCACUCUUGUCAUCAAUGAAAAUGACAUGUACCUGGUUCCUAAACUGAGCUUGAUAGGGAAAGGUAAAAGGAGGAGAUCGUCUGAGGAUGAUGCCACUGGGGAGCCCAAGGCCAAGAGACUAAAACACAGCACAGAUAAUAAAGAGCCCAUUCCAGAUGAUGGCAUUUAUUGGCAGGCCAACCUUGACAGAUUCCACCAGCACUUCCGAGACCAAGCCAUUGUCAGCGCAGUGGCCAACAGGAUGGACCAGACCAGCAGCGAGAUCGUAAGAACCAUGCUUCGAAUGAGCGAGAUUACCACUCCCUCUGGUGCCCCCUUCACCCAGCCAUUGUCCUCCAAUGAGAUCUUCAGAUCUCUACCUACUGGCUACAACAUCUCUAAGCAAGUUCUUGAUCAGUAUCUCACUCUGCUGGCAGAUGAUCCACUAGAGUUUGUUGGAAAGUCUGGCGACAGUGGUGGAGGAAUGUAUGUCAUCAACCUACAUAAGGUUCUCGGAUCCCUAGCCACAGCCACUCUGGAGUCGGUUGUACAGGAGAGAUUUGGGUCUCGCUGUGCCAGAAUAUUUCGUCUAGUUUUGCAAAAGAAACACCUGGAGCAGAAGCAGGUAGAAGACUUCGCAAUGAUUCCAGCAAAGGAGGCGAAGGAUAUGCUUUAUAAGAUGCUCUCAGAAAAUUUCAUAUUGCUCCAGGAAAUUCCCAAAACGCCAGACCAUGCCCCUUCCAGGACCUUCUAUUUGUACACUGUGAACAUCCUGUCAGCUGCCCGCAUGCUGCUGCACAGGUGCUACAAGAGCGUAGCCAACUUGAUAGAAAGGAGGCAAUUUGAAACCAAGGAGAACAAGCGGCUCCUAGAAAAGUCUCAGAGGGUGGAAGCCAUCAUCGCCUCCAUGCAGGCUACAGGUGCGGAGGAGGCCCAGCUACAGGAAAUAGAGGAGAUGAUCACAGCCCCUGAACGCCAGCAGAUAGAGACUCUCAAACGGAACGUCAACAAGCUGGACGCCAGCGAGAUCCAGGUGGAUGAAACUAUCUUCUUGCUGGAGUCGUACAUAGAGAGCAACACGAAGAGGCAGUGACCCUGAAGAAGAGUCUUCCUCAAAGACCUGAGGGGUUGGAAGGAGAAAUAAAGGAGCUGCCUGGAUGCAUUCUUCGCAGUGGGAUAAACUAUGGA